AAGCGAACGAAAGAAGAGCACGUGACUCGCGCUAACUGGAAGCAAGAUGGCGGUGGCUGUGCGGAAUUUGCAGGACCAGCUCGAGAAAGCUAAGGAAAGCUUGAAAAGUGUGGACGAUAAUAUUCGUAAAUUGACCGGCCGAGAUCCCAAUGACUCAAGACCGGGCCAGUUCCGUCGGCUUAGCGGCCCCUUGGCAAGCCUGGGAGGAGGAGGAGGAGGUAGAGGCAGAGGAAUCAACCUUCUUAGGCGUAGUCUCGCUGACAUCGGAAGUGGUGGCCCCCCUGCCAAGCAGAGAGACAUCGAAGGGGCCUUGCUGAGGCUGGCAGGGGACCAGAGGGCCAAGAGAGACGUGCGUCACGACAGCGACGCCGAGGAUGAUGAUGAUGUCAAAAAGCCGGCGUUGCAGUCGUCUGUUGUAGCUACCUCCAAGGAGAGAACACGCCGAGAUCUCAUUCAAGAUCAAACUAUGGAUGAGAAGGGCAAACAGAGAAAUCGGCGCAUGUUCGGCCUGCUGAUGGGAACACUGCAAAAAUUCAAGCAAGAGUCCAAUGUCUCUACAGAGAAGCAAAAGCGACGUUCAGAAAUUGAGCAGAAGCUCGAGGUUCAAGCUGAAGCUGAAAGGAAGAAGGUGGAGAAUGAAAAAAGAGAGCUGUUUGAAGAGAGGAGAGCCAAGCAGACAGAGUUGAGACUACUGGAGCAAAAAGUGGAAUUAGCUCAGCUGCAAGAGGAGUGGACAAGCCAUAAUAAUCGCCUGGUAAAAUACAUUCGCACAAAGACCAAGCCUCAUAUCUUCUAUAUGCCUGGAAAAAUGUGCUCCGCAACACAGAAACUCCUCGACGACUCCACCAAGAAACUAAAUGCUGUUUUUGAAGAGAGGUGCGAAGCAUUUGCUGAACACCUCAGCAAGAUGGAGUCGCGCCCCCGGCGACAGUCAAACCGCGACCAGGAUGGCAACACAGCCUCAAGGAUGGACCAAUCGGCGGAGGGUAAGCCAGCAGGUCAGGUAGCCAAGCUGACAGGUAAAAGGGGUGAUACAGAGAUGGAGGAAGAUGAGGAGGAAGAUGAGGAGGAAGAGGAAAGGGAGAAAGAGGGGGAUAGAAAGGUGGUGGAGGGGGGUGAUGGAGAUGAGAUGGAGGAAGGGGAGAAGGAAGUGUUGAAGAAAGUAGAAGAGGAGGAGGAGGAACCAAUGGCACUGAGUGAAGAGGGCAGUGAGGAGAAGAAGGAAGGAGAGGAGCAGAAGGAGAAAGGAGAGAAGGGGGGAAGUCCAGAGUCAGAGGAGAUGGAGGUGGAGCAGGGUGCAGAGAGGGAAGGCAAGAGUAAGAAAGAAGAGGUAGAAACAGACAGUAAGCAGUGGCACACAGACCUUGAAAAUAAAAAGAUGGAGAUCCAGUCAUCUGAACCAGCCAUAAGCAGCCAAGAACCACCAGACUACAGUCGUCAACCCGAGCCCAGCUUCGCUGUAGGAGAACCAGCCGCGCAGCCUCCUGCAACAGAGGGCGCUUCUCCUACCAAAGAACUCCAAAUGGCCUACACUACCCUCACACAGGAUUCCUCCAGCCCACCAAGUAAUGUUAAAGACUUAAAAAUUGAGUCCCAGACAGAGAAAGGAAAUUCAGGCGAGGAGGCCCCUCAAAAGCUGCCUGAUUCCCAGGAGGUCUGCAUCCCCGACCCUGCAAAGGGGGACGAGGACGGUGCCAGAGGAAGGAAGAAGGAAAAGGAACAGAAGAAACGCCGCAGUCACAGUAGCAGCUCCUCCUCUUCCUCCUCUGGCUCCUCCUCCAGCGGAAGUUCGUCAUCUUCUUCCGGAUCCAGUCGCUCCUCCUCAUCCUCAUCCUCCUCCUCUUCCUCCUCGUCCAACAGCAGUAGCCGAAGUCGCAGCCCAGACGGCAACAAACGCAAGAGGAGGCCAUCCGAUAAAGGCAGGGACAAGAAGAAAGGAGAAGAGAGAAGUCACCACAAGAAAGGAGGGAGUAGUGGAGGAGGGAGGGACUCGAAGGGAUCAAAGGAGAGGAGAAAAAGGAGGAGCGAGGAAGGGAGGGGCAGGUCUUCCCGGAGUGAUAGGGAGCAUAAAGAUAGAGACAGGAAGGACAAGAGACGGUGAUGCGAUUUGUCUUCUGU